UUCGUUCUCGAGCGUAGAUAGGUGCACAUCUAAAGCGCACUGUCGCCGUAGUCGACCCGCCGCCGCCGCAGUCUCGUUUGCGUGUUGAAUUUCAUUGGGGCCUUUGCCGUUGAAAAUUGAUUUAUCGAUAAUUUGCAAUUGCUUUUGUGUUAAAUGCUAUAGGAAAACAAAGUAGCAAUUUGCAAUAUAAUCUUCCAAUAUAGAGUCUGAUUGGCGGCUUGGUUUGACUCAUAAUCAACAUGAAUUGAUUUUUUUUUUUUGUGAAUUGCUCAAUAAAGAAAAUUCAACGACGUGUAUUUCGAAGUCAUUUUGUUUGAACAUAAAAAAUAUACCUUCACGUGAACUCACAAAAUACACAUUUUGUAUUAACUUAUCCUCCUCACCCCCACAUGAACUAAUUACGAGAAACUUGACAAUUUAACUAUUCAAUUCACAAUUCAAGGAUCCUAAAUCAAACAACUAAUUUUAAUGGCUGCAUAUACGCAAUUUGGAUAUGGAGGUUUUCCGCCGGUUUCACAGCUUAUGCCGCCAAAUGUGACACAUGCUUCCGAAGAUGCCUCCUCUAAUGUAAACGAGUCGUCUUUAGUGAUGACAAACGCUCCAGCACUGAGCCCCACGGGUGGUAUGGACAGUCAGACGAAUCAGCAGGCCGCAGGCAGUGGAGGUGAUGCCUCCUCUGGUGCCCUUAGCCCCAACUCGAAUGCCGCAGCAGGCUCAGUAGUUGGUGGGGCAGCAGGAACUGACUUGGCCACUGGUGGUUCCCUGGACGGCAAUGCUGUAGGCACAACGCCUACAACAGGAAGUUCAUGCUGUGAAAACGGGCGUCCUAUUAUGACCGAUCCUGUGUCGGGGCAGACCGUCUGCUCUUGCCAAUACGACUCGGCGCGCCUUGCUCUCUCUGGGUACUCCCGCAUGCCCGCUGCCAGUGUCGGAGUAUACGGCGCACCUUAUCCCUCAUCGGAUCAGAAUCCUUACCAAAGUAUUGGCGUAGACAGCUCCGCCUUUUAUUCACCGCUGAGCAAUCCAUAUGGGUUAAAAGAGACUUCCGGAGGGACAGAAAUGGGAACAUGGACAUCGGCUGGCUUGCAACCGACUACUGGUUAUUAUUCCUACGAUCCAAUGUCAGCAUAUGGGUACGGGGCAAGCUACGACCUGGCUGCCCGCCGGAAGAACGCUACUCGCGAGUCUACAGCGACAUUGAAGGCGUGGCUGAACGAGCACAAAAAGAACCCAUACCCGACAAAGGGGGAAAAGAUCAUGCUGGCCAUCAUCACUAAAAUGACCCUCACUCAAGUUUCAACCUGGUUCGCUAAUGCCCGGCGCCGUUUAAAGAAGGAGAACAAGAUGACAUGGGAGCCAAAAAAUCGAGCUGACGAUGAUGACGACGCCCUCGUGUCGGAUGAAGAAAAGGAGCGAAAAGAAGACAUGGAAGCGGACAAAGGCGAUAUAGCGGGUGGCAGCUUGGGCAAAGAUGCUCCAAAAGAUGAUGACGAGCUUACCGACGAUGAUCAAAAGUGCAUAGGCCAAGGAAAUUUAUUGCAUAGUGGUUUUGGAUACCCAUCAAGCGGCUAUCAUGGCGGCAGUAGUGGGUCUGGGUCUAGCGGUGCUCAGCCAGCCGGGUAUCACCCAUAUCACCAUCAACAUCCAGCCUAUUACCAGACACAGCAGAAUUUGCCAGCUGCAUUUCAGAGCAGCGAAGGUGGGUUGAUCGACAAACACAGUGAACACACCAGUCCAAAAAACCAAUUACGCCGGGACUGUGGAGUGCCGAUUCCAGCUACCAAGCCCAAAAUCUGGAGUCUAGCCGACACAGUUGCCUGCAAGACUCCACCCCCAACAUAUAUGGCUCAAAGACAGCAGCAUCAGCAGCAAUCCAUGCAGCAGCAGAUACCACCCCUGGUCCAUCAACAACAAGAAAGCAUGGACAUGAAUUUGGGCCAAGCGCAACAGUCGGCGGCCAUCAGCAAUGCACACCUAUUCAACGGAGCACCUUAUUUGAGACCGCAUACAACGGCAUACGGGGGUUUUCUAGGGGCUACGACGCAACAGCUUCAUACCACGAACAGUUCCCCAUACACGAGUAUCCCAGUUCGCACCCAGUCCAACAUUCGGAGCAGCAGCAGCAGCAACUCCAGCAGCACGCAUACUCCUACUAUCCCUUCUACGGCAAACCCGAUGACCCUGCCACCGUCUCUAAAUUCGCACCAUCAAGAAAUAGAGUUCCCGAUCGUUCAUCAAUCACACCUGCAUCCACAUCCACAUCUGCAUCUUUAUCCGCAUUCGCACCACAUGCAUCAACAUCCGCAAAUCGAACCACAACAGCAGCAAUCUCAGUCAACAGUGAGUCAGCGGGCGAUGGGGUUUCCCGAAGCCCAACCCGAUACUCCACCCCAAACUCCGCCGAAUAUGAAGGUGUUGAGCGGAGCUUUGAAUCUGCUGCCUACCGCAUCUCAAGUCCCUAUGACCGUUACUUGUCGCAACAGUAAUGUCAAUGACCUCACAGCUGACAGCAGCAGCAAUUAUCGGAAGAAUUUCUCGACUCGACUGGGCGAGUUUUCUCCCAGAGAUGAUUUUAGCAGCGGCAGCAACAGCAGCAGCAGUAGCAGUAGCUCUUUAUCCCCUCAGCUUCAUCGGAGCGAGCCAAUUUUUAAGCCGUUAUUCAAAAAAUAUACUAACUGAGAAUACCUUGCAUUUGCCGACUUAUAUUUACCAUAAUAACCGAUUUACGAAUGUGUACAUUAUCACAAUAUCUGUGUACAUCAUC